CCGACCUUAAAGGGCGCGUAGCCCUUUCCGCUCUUGCCCUGGUUCUCCCCGUUCUCCCACCAUGGCCUACCAAGGAUUCGCCGCGGAGUACCUGGGCAUCCCCGCCGUGACGCGCGCCUACACCACCGCCUGCGUCAUCACCACCGCGGCCGUGCAACUGGAGUUCAUCACGCCUUUCCAGCUGUAUUUCAAUCCGGAUCUCAUUUUCAGGAAGUUCCAGAUCUGGCGGCUCAUCACCAACUUCCUGUUUUUUGGGCCGCUGGGAUUCAGCUUCUUCUUCAACAUGAUAUUCCUGUACAGAUACUGCCGGAUGCUGGAAGAAGGCUCUUUCCGAGGAAGGACUGCAGAUUUCAUCUUCAUGUUCCUCUUUGGAGGGUUUCUCAUGACACUUUUUGGACUCUUUGCCAGCCUCUUCUUCCUGGGCCAGGCCUUCACCAUCAUGCUGGUGUACGUGUGGAGCCGGAGGAAUCCCUAUAUCCGCAUGAACUUCUUUGGGCUGCUGAACUUCCAGGCGCCUUUCCUGCCCUGGGUCCUGAUGGGCUUCUCACUGCUGCUGGGCAAUUCCAUCAUCAUUGACCUCUUAGGAAUAGCCGUGGGUCACGUCUAUUACUUCCUUGAGGAUGUCUUUCCAAACCAACCCGGAGGGAAAAAGUUGUUACUAACACCAGGAUUCCUAAAGCUGGUAUUUGACCCUCCCGAAGAGGACCCCAACUACAAUCCGCUCCCGGAAGACCACCCUAUGCCCGCUCCAGACCAAAACCUGCCACAGGAGCCCCAAUAGUGACGGCACAGCAGGUCCCUUCCGCCUGCUAAGACUGAGACUGUUCUGCACGGACAGGUGUGUGGAUGGCCCCCUGAGCAGCACCACAGCUGGGUGGGUUGCAUUCUCCUGCCACUCCAAUUCCCUUCUGCUGCUAAGCUGUCCUCUAGUGGUGUGGAUAGGAUGGGGGGAAAGUCUGUUUAUGUGCCAGGUGCUGUAAAGGACUAGAAGAUGAAUUUGCACUGGACAAACUACAGGCAGAAGGCAACUGGGCAGAUGCUGAGCGUUGCACCCAGUCAACUUCCACGUUAAACCAAAAAAAUCCAAUCUCCUGUUGCUGGCCUGUUUGGGUCUGAGAAGAAAGGAUGUUGGUGGAACUGCCCCCCCCCCCGUCUUUCUUGCCUCAACUCUGGAUCUGACCCAAAUUGGGCCUAGCAUGUUUCAGCAUUCUCAGGCCUCGAUGGGCAGUCCUUGUGCAGCCAGUACUAAUUCCAUGAGAAGUCUGCGUACCGCCCUGACCACCUGCCUUUCCAGAAUUCCCCCACCCACCCCACUGUUUUGCCAAUUUAUCUCAACCUCUGUAAAAAUAAUAAAUGUGGGAAGCAGAAUAAGCGUGCAUAGCCACUGUGUCCUUUAAAGUUACAGCUCUGGAUCUCAGGAGCAAGUCUCUUCUGUUUUGCAGCUGUGGCUGCAAAUAUACAAGCCAAUGCCUCAAGAAACUCUGGGUGAGUGGAGCUAAUUAAAGCGAGACCUGAUUCCAAGAUC